CGGUGUUGCCGUACUCAACCGGCCAUUUCCUCCUUAAGCGACUUCCUAAGGAAAGUAGAGGAGAGCAUUAGUGAAAUGGUGUUGGGGGCGCGUAUUCCAAAUAUUGUUUCAUCUCAGACAUAGGCUCUGCACUGUGUGCAUAGUUGCUCAUAUACCUAUAACCACUCAUACGGUGUGCAGCCCUUCAAUAUGACUGAAGCUAACAAAGACGAAGCAAGGAAAUGUUUAGCAAUAGCCAGGCAGUGCAUUGCGUUAGACCAGCUUGAGAAAGCUGAAAAGUUUGCAAAAAAGGCGCAGCGACUUUAUGCUAGCGUUGAGGCUCAGUCCGUAUUGGAAGCGCUGGAAAGUGCUAAGGCGGCAAAGCAGGCACCAUCGCCAGGGGGGCCAAGCACAAGCGGCUCCCAUCAGCACCAUGCGCAUGCCAACGGUCAUGGCCACAGCAGACACCAUGCCCACACCUCUAGCCGGCAAGCUGAUGCGGGGCCAAACCUGCCGCCCAAGCCAACAAGGGUAGCAAAGGCUGCUGCGCCUGUUGAGGACCCGGGAACCCCCGAGCAGCGGGAGCUGGUGGCGCAGGUGCUCCGAGCCAAGGACUACUACGACACGUUAGGACUGAAGAAGGACGCGACGGACGAUGACAUCAAGAAGGCAUACCGCAAGCUCGCUCUGAAGCUGCACCCCGACAAGAACAGGGCGCUCCGCAGCGACGAGGCGUUCAAGGCGGUGUCGCGCGCCUUCAACUGCCUGUCAGAUGCCGACAAGCGGGCGUACUAUGACCGCACGGGCUACGAGAGCAGUUCGGCGGCGGCAGCAGCAGCGGCGGCGCAGCGGGGCGGCGGCGGUGCGGGGCCCAGCGGCUACACCUACUACACCUCCUCGGCGGAGGAGUUCGACCCGGAGGAGAUAUUCAACAUGUUCUUCGGGGGUGGCUUCGCCGGCCCGCACUUCCGGGCGCAGUUUGGCGGGGUGCCGCGACAGCGGCGCCACCAACCGCAAAGCUCGCAGGGUGCAAACAGCGGCGGUCACACCAGCGGGAACGGCGGCGGCGGGGGCGCGGAGCAGCAGCAGCGUGCGGCCAUGCUCGGGCUGCUGCAGCUGAUGCCCAUCGUCCUCAUCGUCGUCUUCACCUUCUUCCAAAGCAGCCAGUCUCCGCCGUACAGCCUGGUGCAGGACAGCUCCUACCGCGUGGAGCUGCGCACCGUACGCCUGUCCAUCCCCUUCUACGUGAAGAGCGUGGGCGAGCUGGAGCGCUCCUACCCGCUAGGAGGCGGCGCGAGGCACAGACUGGAGCGGCAGGUUGAGAGCGCCUACUACGAGCGGCUGGAGGCCAAGUGUCAGCAGGAGCGGCUCAUGCGACACAGGGCUUGGAGCUGGGGCAACCGAGAGCAGGCGCGUGCGAUGAAGCUGGAGUCGUGUGACGAGAUGGAGCGAGUCAACGAGAAGCUCGGGUUGCGGCGCCAUCCGUACUAGCGUUCGUUCACGGCUUAGCCAUGUCAUUCGUCUCGACAGGCUAGCACAGGCGCAGCUGCGAGCAACGGCCAUGCUUUCGCGGCUUGUCUGCAGGUGUGCCGCUGAGGGUUCUAACACGAUGCGGCAGAUGCAUGCCAACAUGGCGCAGUGCGUCCUGUUCAGAGGCUCCUGAAGCGCUGUGGCAGGCCCUUGCAGGAUUCGUGGCCGCUGCUGUCGAGUUAUGAUGUACUGCUGCUGCCGGAUUUGACCGUUCCUUGCAGUCAUCAUUGCGCUGCGGGAAGAGCUCCUGCAUUGAGUGCAUUUGGGGGCACUAUUUCGCUCCUGUCACGGCGAAAAAGGGCAUGAGCGGGUCCUCCUGUGAUAAGCAGGGCCAUUCUUUGCGUACAUGCAGUGCACGCCGCUGUGUUUGCUGACUUGGGUGUCAGUAUGCAACCGAAGUAUGAACGAUUUGACCUCGACAAGAAAACUUUUGACGUAUUCCUCUGCUUGCAUUAUAUUGUGGGCGAGCGUGACUACUACAUCAAGGACUGGGCUUUGGCCUGAAGGUGCAUGGCUGGCUUGUCGCACGUUUGGGGAACUUGGAUGUGGUUCUUGGAUGCUUACAUGUUACAGACACGUGUACAUUGACUGCCCGCUGCCAGACCUGUCCACCCGGUCGUUCACUUUUAUGCCCUCCACGACAAAUGAAGACUAGACGGUUGAAUGUGUCCCAACCUGUAGAAGUCCAUGCCUGUACCACAGUUUCUAACCACUGCGAGCACUGAAAUAUCGCCGAAGCGACACACAAGAG